AUGGCAUCACAUCUGCAGAUUGCACUCUAUUCUACCAUUAUCAUGAUCACUCCUGCACCGGUCGUUGCGGCCACUAUACUCAGUUAUGCCUUAGUGUCUUGUGUUCUGCUUCACCCUAUCCACAAACAGAUGAUUUGGGCGACCUCAGAUCAGUUGGGCUGUGCCAUGCGGCGAUGUGAUGGUCUGCGAUCCGACUGGGGAAAUCCACAAUACCUCAGUGUCUGUCAAUACAAGCCUGACGGCAACCUACGUGGACAGAAGCCUUAUGAGUAUGGUCGCAGCUGCAGCAAAUGUCCAGAGGGUUACUUUUGCCUCCGUAACCAGUGUGCCAAGGACAUCGAGUGCAAAAAGGCAUACCCACUGAUGAAAUUGGAUGAUCCCAGUGUCAGAAAUGUGCCAGAAUGCAAAGUCUAUAGGUCCACAUAG